UUUUCUCCACCCUCUCUCUCUCUAAUCGUACACACACCCACCCACCCUCUCUCUAUAUAUAUACAGUUGUAGUUGCCCUGUGCCUGCUUCGUCGCUGUUUGUGAGAGCUGAAGCUGUUUCCGUGCCGUUUUGUAAGUCUAAAGUUGUUUCUACUAUGGCAAGAAAGAGGCGAACCGAACUUCCUGGCGGUGAGAGCUCGGAGUCUCAAGAAGGUGCAGGGCGUGGUGGUGCUCAGAACCCACCUGCUCAACAACAACCACAGCCACAGCUACAACAGACACAACAGCAAGGGGGAUAUCAAGGUGGGGGAAGAGGCUGGGCACCCCAACGUGGGGCCUACGGUGGCCGUGGCGGUGGCAGAACAGCUCCUCAGCAGUAUUAUGGUGGACCUCCUGACUAUCAGCAGGGUCAGGGCCGUGGUGGACAGCAGUAUGGUGGUGGUCAGCAACAUGGCCGAGGAGGUGCGUCCCGCCGAGGUGCAUUUGUAGGUGGCCGAGAGGCGCCUUCUGCUGGUGGUCCAUCUCGUCCACCAGCGCCCGAGCUGCACCAAGCUACUCAAUCACCACAUCAAGCUGUGAUGACUAAGCCUGCUUCUUAUGGGAGGCCUGUUGAGACAUUUCCAGGGGCAAGCUCCUCUACACAGGCACCUGAUCCUCCGCAAGUUUCGGAAGUAACUGAACAGAUCCAGGAUCUCUCUAUCCAGCAAGAGGUGGCUCCCGGACGAGAUAUGCAACCAGCUUCAAGCAAAUCUCUGAGAUUUCCGAUGAGACCUGGCAAAGGUAACUAUGGGACAAGGUGUGUGGUGAAAGCCAAUCAUUUCUUUGCGGAGCUUCCAGACAAGGAUUUGCAUCAAUAUGACGUCUCAAUAACUCCUGAAGUUACAUCCCGUGGAGUUAAUCGUGCUGUGAUGAAGCAGUUAGUUACCUCAUAUCAGGAAUCACAUCUGGGUCGUAGGCUUCCUGCCUAUGAUGGAAGAAAGAGCCUGUAUACUGCUGGACCAUUACCUUUUGUUUCUAAAGAAUUCAAAAUAACACUUCUGGAUGAAGAAGAUGCUCCCGGUGGCGCCAGGCGAGAACGAGAAUUCAAGGUGGUCAUCAAGUUUGCUGCGCGAGCUGACUUGCACCAUCUAGGAAUGUUUUUACAGGGUAGACAAGCUGAUGCACCGCAAGAGGCUCUUCAAGUUUUGGACAUUGUUCUUCGUGAACUUCCUACUAGUUCGUAUACCCCGGUUGGACGUUCUUUCUAUGACCCUAGGUUAGGCCAAAGACAACCUCUGGGUGAAGGACUUGAAAGUUGGCGUGGAUUUUACCAGAGCAUUCGUCCUACUCAGAUGGGCCUAUCACUGAACAUCGAUAUGUCAUCCACUGCAUUUAUCGAGCCACUCCCAGUUAUUGAUUUUGUUGCGCAGCUUCUGAAUAGGGACGUAUCAGCUAGACCAUUGUCUGAUGCUGACCGUGUGAAGAUCAAGAAAGCCCUUAGAGGAGUAAAGGUGGAGGUUACUCAUCGUGGAAACAUGCGAAGGAAAUACCGUAUCUCUGGUUUGACAUCACAGGCAACACGUGAGCUAACAUUUCCGGUGGAUGAAAGGGGUACAAUGAAAUCUGUGGUGGAAUACUUCCAAGAGACCUACGGAUUCGUCAUUCAGCACACGCAAUGGCCUUGUCUCCAAGUAGGAAAUACCCAGAGGCCAAACUACUUGCCCAUGGAGGUAUGCAAGAUAGUUCAGGGCCAGAGAUACUCCAAGAGGUUAAAUGAGAGACAGAUCACUGCACUACUUAAAGUGACAUGCCAGCGUCCUCAGGAUAGAGAAAAGGACAUUCUUCAGACUGUUAAACACAACGCCUAUGCUAAUGACCCUUAUGCAAAAGAGUUUGGAAUCAACAUUAGUAACACGUUGGCACAGGUUGAGGCUCGUGUCCUACCUGCACCCUGGCUCAAAUAUCAUGAUUCUGGUAGGGAGAAGGACUGUCUUCCUCAAGUUGGGCAGUGGAAUAUGAUGAAUAAGAGGAUGGUUAAUGGCGGUGUUGUUAGCAAUUGGAUCUGCAUCAACUUUGCCCGAAAUGUUCAAGACAGUGUGGCACAUAGCUUCUGUCAUGAGCUUGCGCAGAUGUGCACCACUUCUGGCAUGGCAUUUAAUCCUCAACCUGUCCUACCUGUCUUGAGUGGUCGCCCUGAUCAGGUGGAAAGAGUUUUGAAAGCUAGGUUUCAUGAUGUGAUGACUAAACUGCAGCCACACAAUAAGAAGGAGCUUGACUUACUAAUUGUUAUAUUACCCGACAAUAAUGGCUCUCUAUACGGUGAUCUAAAGCGUAUAUGUGAGACAGAUCUGGGUAUUGUCUCUCAAUGUUGUCUACAGAAGCAUGUUUACAGGAUGAGCAAACAAUAUCUUGCCAAUGUUUCUCUUAAGAUAAAUGUCAAAGUUGGUGGUAGGAACACUGUUCUGGUUGAUGCAAUUUCCAGGCGUAUACCGCUUGUGAGCGACGCCCCUACAAUUAUUUUUGGUGCGGAUGUUACACAUCCACAUCCCGGCGAGGAUUCUAGCCCAUCAAUUGCUGCUGUUGUGGCUUCUCAAGAUUGGCCUGAGGUCACAAAAUAUGCUGGCUUGGUUUGUGCACAAGCCCAUAGGCAGGAGCUAAUUCAGGACCUGUACAAAACUUGGCACGACCCACAAAGAGGGACUAUGCACGGUGGCAUGAUAAAGGAACUGCUUAUUUCAUUCCGCAAAGCAACAGGCCAGAAACCUCAGCGUAUAAUCUUCUAUAGGGAUGGAGUAAGUGAGGGACAGUUCUAUCAAGUUCUGCUUUACGAACUUGAUGCCAUACGUAAGGCAUGCGCGUCUCUGGAGCCAAACUAUCAGCCUACUGUUACCUUUGUGGUGGUUCAAAAACGUCAUCACACUCGUCUCUUUGCUAAUAACCAUCACGACAAGCAUUCAGUUGACAGAAGUGGCAAUAUUUUGCCUGGUACUGUUGUUGAUUCCAAGAUCUGCCAUCCCACUGAAUUCGACUUCUACCUUUGCAGUCAUGCUGGGAUUCAGGGAACGAGCCGUCCUGCCCACUACCAUGUCUUGUGGGAUGAGAAUAAGUUUUCAGCCGAUGCUCUACAGUCUCUUACUAAUAACCUUUGCUACACAUAUGCAAGAUGUACUAGAUCUGUUUCAAUCGUACCUCCUGCAUACUAUGCCCAUUUGGCUGCUUUCCGUGCUCGUUUCUACAUGGAGCCUGAAACGUCGGACAGUGGUUCUAUGACGAGUAGUGCAGUUACCGGUCGUGGUGGAGGUGCCGGGGCAAGGGCUACUAGGGUUCCCGGGGCAAAUGCUGCUGUGAGGCCCCUUCCACAGCUCAGGGAGAAUGUUAAAAGAGUUAUGUUCUAUUGUUGAGCGAUUACUUUGGCUCAAUACCUAUCUUAUUUUUAUUUUGGUGAGUUAUGUUUUUAUGAUAUACUUAUACCUUUGUUGGGUGUGGAUGACUGCUACUGUUUCUGUUACAUUUGUGGUUGUGUUAUUGCAAUAUUCGAAUAUUUGACA